CAACGUUCGAAGAAAAGCCGUAUGUAUGGCUCGCCUUUUCUCCGAUGCCUGGCAAGUCGUUAUUGGCAUCGAAACUCACGUCCAGUUGAAAUGUCGUCAAAAGCUAUUCUCAAGGGCCACGAACGGACUUCUCAGUGACUCUCCCAAUUCUCGAUAUAACGUUUUCGACGCAGCUUUCCCCGGAACGCUUCCCAAACUCAACCCGAAAUGCGUGGACUUGGCUGUUCGAGCUGCUUUAGCAUUGAACUGCAACUUGAAACCAAGAUCAAAUUUUGACAGAAAACAUUAUUUCUAUCCUGACCAACCGGUGGGGUAUCAAAUUACUCAAUACUACUCACCAUUCGCCCUCGACGGGACCCUUACCCUUCCAAAACUGGGUAGACGUGUCCGAAUCAAGCAGAUUCAGCUCGAGCAGGACACCGGGAAAUCAGUUUUCGACUACAAAACACAGUCUACUCUAGUUGAUUUGAACCGGGCGGGAGCUGGACUAAUUGAAAUAGUUACAGAGCCGGACUUGAGGUCUACAGAAGAAGCUGCGGAGUAUGUGCGCUCACUGCAAACGUUAUUAAGAAGUAUGGGAGUCAGUGAUGGAAACAUGGAAGCAGGUUCUCUGAGAUGUGAUAUCAACGUUUCCUUGAACCGACAUGGCGAACCCCUUGGAACGCGCUGUGAGAUCAAGAACAUCAACAGUGUAAGAUUUAUGGUUGCGGGCAUUCAACACGAAAUUGAACGUCAGAAAAGUAUUCUUUGUGCACCAUCACCUAUGCAAGUCAGCCAGGAAACGCGAGGUUUUGACGAGCAUCGUUGGGAAACCUACACGAUCCGUUCAAAGGAGGAUGCCCCCGAUUAUCGAUACAUGCCUGACCCGAAUUUGGGAACUCUUACCCUUGAUGAGAAUACCAUUGAACACGUCCGAAACCGCUUACCACCGACACCUGAAGCCACUCGGAAUCGUCUCAUUAAUACCUACGGGCCCCGUGGUGUCAGUGAGGAUAGCAUUGACGUAUUGAUGGGAUUGGACUCUUCCCUAGAUGUACCUUUCGAUGGCGGCACCAUUUCGAACCAUGAAAGUCACUCGACGAAUUCUGUAGCUUACUUCGACACUUUAUGCAAAGGAAGGGAUCCACGCGAGGUCAUCAACUGGAUCACUCAAACCCUCCUUGGCCUUCUUUCCACGAUGGGAAAAUCAUUUUCUACAUCUUACCUUGCAACUUCACAGAUGGGUACUCUCAUAGAUCUGGUCUCAAAUGGAGAAAUGACGAGAUCGUCCGGGAGGUUACUUUUACGACACAUCCUCCUCCAUUCACCAUCCCCUGAUACGUCAAUAAGAAGGCUCGCGAAGGACCUCGAUCUCAUCUCUAUCGGCCCCACUGACCAUGCAGACGAAAUAUGUCGACGCGCAAUUGAAGCCCUUCCCUCUGAAGUUGCUGCCAUUAGGUCAGGCAACAAGAAUGUCUUGAAUAGACUGAUAGGAUGGGUCGUGAGAGAGACCAAGGGCAAAGCGGAUGUGCAAAAAACAAGAAGUCGGCUGGAGGAUCUGAUAUCGAAAAUGUAG